UCACGCUAUCCCCGCUGGACCACCCUUGUUACCCUAAACUCAGCAGUUAGAUAACUUUAAAAAGGCGGUAGUUAAAAAAAAAUUUGCAAACGCGAUCACAGCGCCACCUAAUCAAACCAAUUGGCAAACAUUCGACGUCUACACGAACCGCGCGCCGACCCAAUUCCCGCGUACAUUAAAAAUAGCGUUCCACAAUAGCUCAACCACUAUUUUUAGUGUGUAUCAUUUCAAACGAGUCUUAUCUCAAAACGGCGCGGUAUUUUUAUUAAACAAUCAGUUAAACUUUGCUAUGCGUGAGGAAGGCUACCGCGCAAGUCAAUAUACGUACCUCGCGAAUCAAUAUCAGUCCACAACGGGUCUAGUUGUUGUGUACCGCGAUCAUUAGUCGACCGUUUUAGUAAUCGCUAGAAAUUUUUAGUUUAGUAAACAAGGGAACAUGUUUUAAGACUUAAUUUAAAUAUGGAAGGUGGUGUUAAAAGGUAUAUAAGGAGUGAAUCGGCGAGUUGCGCUCACAUGGUCGAGGAGAGUGCUGCAAAUUGUAGAAAGAAUGUUGAUCCUCACGAGAAGUUGAAGGCUUUGUUGAAUUCCCCCGAGGAGGAGGGAGACGAUGCGUUACCCCCCACUGACGCUCCGAAAUUCGGGACUGUUAUACAUAACAGGAUUUUCGUGGGAGGGUUUUCACUGACGACCACAGACGAAGAUUUGUGGAAAUUUUUCUCUGGAUUUUCGACGGUGACAGCCGCUAGGGUGAUUUAUGACCGGGCUGGUGUCUCCAAGUGCUAUGGGUUCGUGACCUUUGCAAGUCCUCGUGUGGCUCGGCUGAUAGUGAAGCAGAGUGGAGGCGUCAUGUUUUCGCCCCUAGGGAGACUGCGGGUUGCUCAAGCUGUUAGAAAACAGAUGAGCCAGCUACCAGUAUUAAGCACAGAGUCGGCACCCCUCCAAGCGCCGCUAUGCUACCAGCUUCUGUGCGGGCCCCCCCUCGCGCCCCUCCCCGCCUGCGCGCCCUGCGAACUACCCCCGCCCCCUUACGCGGUCUAUCAAUUACCUUUUGACACCACUCCCGCUAUAUACGGCCCCCCAGCACAGUACACGCUAGUGCCGGCACCGUACAGCGCCUGCUGUGAGCCCGCGUGCUGCGGCCCGCUGGACAAGACGCCCCGCGCGCCCCCGCCGCCGCUACACCCGGCGUUCAUUUACUGAAACACGCUGGUUUGAGUUUCUUUUUUUGAAAGGACAGCUUGAAUUUCUUUUUUUGAAAUGAACAUUUUUUUUUUAAUAUUUGUUGUAUAAAAAUGUCAAUACUGGCCAUUGAAAUGUUAAGUUAAAUUCUAAUUUUCCAACGGUUAUGAGUUAUGACCAAAUGACAUCUCUAAAUUAAAUACUUGUUAAAUUUAAACUUUAUAACAAUUUUGUUAAUAAGAGUUAAUUGACAAGUAAAAAAACAUAAUUCCAAUUCCAUUAAAAUGACAUCAAAAUUGUAAUGUUUUUACGAGUAUAUAUUAUUAAAUAAUUGUUUAAGUAAUAGGCAUCCAUGAAAUUAAAAUAUCUUGUUGAUUUCAAGCUGUCUUUUUCAACUACUGUCAAACAACGCUAAAAUUAUCAUACUUGCUUCAAUGAGUUCGAUGUUAGCAAACUGUUAAAAAAUUACGUUCCUUUUGCUCAAGUCUUCCAAGUCAUCGUCAUUUUCACUUGUAACUUCCUUUAACUAACGGAUCCAUUUCGAGCUUGCUAACUUUUGUUCCCAAAUUAUUUGUAUCUAACAAAAAAUGUCAUGUCAAAUAAAAAAUAUUAAAAACUUCGCAAUCCAUUACAUAUUUCAAAUAAAUAGAUAUAUUUAUACAAGAAUGUUACCAUAUACAGAAAAAAUAAUACCAACAAAAAUUUUUAAACUCAAAAAAAUAAACUGAAGUCAGCAAGCUCCAUUAAAAAAAAAAUCUGUGCGAUCCUAAACUAAACUAGUCAAAGUCAUAGAAGGUAUGUGAUGAAAGUGUUCAAGAUUUGGCUAUACAUGGUGUGAUUCGACGAUUUUGUCCUAGGAUGUCAGGCUUUUAUUUAUAGAACUAAGUAUUUAUAGCUUCAAAUAUUUAUAAGAAUGUAAAUCGUGAAGUUGUGUGCUAUUUAUAUUUGUGACGUAUUAGUAUCAAAUGAUCUUGUUUCUGAUUUAAAAUUAAAAAUCAGAAAAAAAUAUUAUUUAGUUUUUUUUAUAUUUAAGUUUAUUUAUAAAAAAGUUUAUUAAAUAAAUAAAUAAUAUUUUAACUAUAAAUACAAUCAAAAUGAGUUGGAUAAUACUCUGCUAUUAUUUAAUCACUACGAAAAAAAGAUACAUUUAGAUAUAUAUACAUACAUAGCACAUUUCAAGAGACAUUUGAUACUAUAAUUGUAUGACUAUCAUUGUUAGAAAUAUACUUACUUACGUGCGUUAUAGGCACAACUUAAUAAAAAUAACGAAUUAAGCACAAAUGGCUAAGUUUGCUAGACUAUAGAAUACGUUACCUCUUAUAAAAGACAAAUUUGUUGUAAUUGCUUGUUAUCCUUGCGAAGGAGUUUUGUUUAUUCUUAACGUAAGAUUGUUUUCUUGUACCCUAAGACUUAGAACAGAGAUACCUAUUUUUAAAAGCAAUUUUUUCAUUUACUUGUUGUUGUUUGACAUUUAAAGUAUCACAAUUCUAUGCGAUCUGGAGUAUUAUAUGCGAUAUGAUUUAAACGUCUUAUUAUUUUCGUAGUAUUUAUUUUUCAAGUUAUUACUGAAUGUUAGGUUGUUAACUAUACAGACUAGCAACCUGUCACUAUUUGAAUCUCAAUUCUAUCAUUAAGCCAAAAAGCUGAACGUAGCCUAUCAGUCUCUUUAAGACUGUUGACUCUAUCUACCCCGCAUGGGAUAUAGACGUGAUUAUAUGUAUGUAUGUAUGUAGGUUAUUAUUUAAAAGUUCAUCAACAACGAUGUCUUAUUCGAGAAGGAAUUACUCACAACUCUUAUGUUGUACAAUUACUGUGAAUACAUACAUACAUAUAGUUAUGUACAUAUCUCUUGCGAAGUAAACGUUCAGGCGGUAUGAUAUCAUUGAGAUUCAAAUAGUAACACGUUGCUAGGUUAUCGCCCGCAAGAAGAAUCCCAAGUUUAUCCUAUCCCUUGGUCGCGUAUUGAUAUAUGACUGUGAAUUUCACGCAAUAAAUAAUGUUAAUGUCACAAUUUAACCAGAUCAUAUAGUUUUGUGAUGCUGUCUUAAUGAACCCGGGGUCCAAGAAGCGUUAGAGGAACGUCAACUUUGAAAUACGGUCAUGUUAUUGAAAACCGCUAGGCGUUUAUCUUGUUAUGGAAAUUUUGAAGUUAACAUUUCUAUACUCUUGAAUGUUAUUGAGAAAAAUGUUUAUGUUAACAAUCUCAGAUUAACAAUAGUGUAAAAUGUUGAAUGUUCUAAAUGAAUCAUAGAGACUUCCAUGUAGAUACGAGUUAAUAAAGUUUGAAGUAUGACAUGCCCCCCAAUUCCGCUCCUUAUUUUGUAGGUGUGAUUUUAAUAUUAAUUUAAUUUUAAAAUUAAUUUAAUUUUAAUUUUUAUCAACAUCGUUAGUGAUUUUGGAGCGAUAAAUAAAUGUGAAUCGUCAAGUAUGUGAUAUGGAAUAUUCAAUACUGUAGCAUUAGUUUUAUUUAGUCACUUAGUUUCUUGAACUUUCUGUAUCGUCAGCGACAAAGCUUUUGGAAUUCAAUCUAGGACCAAAUAUAUUUCUUGUGCGCAAAAGUCAGUUUCUAGAUCUACAUAAAAUCACAAAUCUCUUAUACGUAAAUUAUUGUACGUGGAUGUUUAUCUUUUCCGAUAUAGUAUUUUAUCACUCAUUGUAAGUCUUUUGUCUUAUUAAUAUGUAAGGUAUCUUUAUAAAGAGCUAUAGAUACUGAAAUAUGGAUUGGAAAUGUACUAAAAAUUAAUAUUAAAAUUAAACACAGAAUGGUCGGUAGCGCAAAUAUAAAAGAAUCCUUAUUUUCUUAAUUUUUGCGACGAAUGCCCAAUUUUUUUUAAUCAAUGCAAAUACAAUAAUCAUAAUAACAUUAUGAUUUUUUUUAUGAAAUAACGUAAAUCAACCGAAGUAUACUAGAAAAUUGAUAUAGUGUUAUCUAUAGCUCUCAUAAAUUACUAAACUCUUAAUGAGAUUGGUCUCUUUAGAAGAUUUUAUGCGAGUCGGGUGUAUCACUAACGUAGCUUGCUCUGAACUUAUAAAAAUAAGGCUUCAUCUCAAUUAUUAUUAUAUUAUACAUUAUAUACGACUAGUGUAACUAAAAUGCUGUCAAUUGGUCGUCUUUUUACUAUUUAUUGUAAGUAUAGUAUUAAAAGCUUCAGUGCUCAAAAUUUGGUUAUACUUUCAUGAUUUGUUAAAUCUUUCUCGUGAUGAUAAUGAUUUUCUUUUAGUUACGCUGUUUUCCUUUUUUGUAUUCUAUCGCUUUUAACUGUAACUAACUAAUAUAUAAACUUGCACAUUAUAUUGGAUAAAAAAAAUACAACAAAAAAUCGUAUAAAUAAAUAUUGUAAGAAAGUUACAAUUAAAAAAAAAACCUAUAAAUAAUUAUCAUCAUGUAGAGAAAUUGUUUACAUAAUAAUUAGUUUUUCGUAUAGAACAUAGUUCUAUGGAUUUUUGUAUUAUCCAACCUCCAAGUACAAGAAACUUUUUAAUAUCCAUCUAAUAUAAUGAAAUGUUUUUAAAUAUAAUAUAAAUUUUCUAUCACGUGUCACUGCUUGAAUAAUCGUUUACAGAAUACAGAGAAGUAUUUGUUGAUUUAUAUUAUUAUUUUAAUUAUAAUGUUAUACCUAAUUAUAAUAAUAUUUAUUUUAUUUAUAUUAAUCUACAAUUAUUUUUGUGGACAGUUUAAAUACUAUUUAAUGUUAUUUUAUUAUCUGUUUACUCCUAAAUAAAACUAAAAAGUAUAAACAAACUGUUUGUAAUUAAUUUAAAUUGUAAACAAUUUACCUACAAAGGUAAAAUGUUUUAAGUUUUUUUCAGUUUUAAUUAUAAGUAUUUUAAUAUAAUUCAGUUGCUACUUUUCUAUACUUUAUGUACUAUUAUAAUGCAUAGCUAUCUUUCUUCUGUGGCCUAGAAACUCUACUGCCUAACAUAUCGAAUAUCUAAAUCAAUACGCUAAAAUUAUUUAUUUUUGGUAAACGUGUCUUGUAUAUACUGUCGCUAGAUGGAGUUAGUGUCGUGAAUUUAAAAUGAUUAGACAAUAUUAAUCUAAUUAAUUUAGGUAUAUUUUUAAGAUUAUCUUAAACACGUCUCUUUAGUAACAAUGCUUAGAAAAAUAUUGUUGUAAGCGGUGAAUCAAUAUUAAAUAUAAUAUAUAAUUAUAUAUUUAUUUGUGGUCACAAGCUUAAUUAAAAUUUAAUUUUUGUUUUUUAUAUUAUUGUUUCUGACUGACAUUUAAAUUAUGGGAAAGUCGUAUUUCAAAUUGUGUUUGAUGUUUAAUACCGUCUCUAAAUCCAUUUGAUGUUUGUACAGGGACGAUGACAAUACCGUUAAAUUUGUUGAAGAGAAUUUAUUUUGAGUAGUUAUUGCCCUUAAAGGGUAAUUUGAAAACGUCCAGUUCGGUUGAUUUUCAAACAGAGAUGGAUAUUGCGUUGAAAAACAAUUUGAAUGAAAUCCCAUUUUUCUAAUUUUCUUCCUCUCAAUGCUUUGCAAUUGCAUUCUUAAAAACAAAAUGAUUUGGAAAAUAUUUAAGAUUAUUCAGUUUUUGUCGAAAAUUUAGAAUGCUGGAAGGAAAAUUUUCAGCUGUUUUUUUAUCUAAACACAAAAACUCAUGCAAGACAGCUUUGAUGAAGAUUUAGAAAUUUAUUUUCUAAUAAUCUUCACAGAAAUAAAAUGUAUCGUGAUACCAAAAGAAACAAUGUCCAAACAAAAAAUACACCACAUCUUCAUAUUUUAGUUAAAUAUAUUUUAUGUCCAAUUUUUCGAAUUGUAUUCGUCGUUUGUAUUUAAAGAGACAUUUGAGCAUAAAGUUUACUAUUAAUUAAUUAUACAGAUAUGAGUGCUCAAUGAAUGGGAAUGAACUAGAAAUGGUCGUGUAAAUCAUCAUGUUAUCAGUAACAGUGCGAGUUUGGUUGUAAUUUCAACAAUGUCACUUUAAAAUAAACGAAAUUUUGAUAAACCUUUACAAGUUUAUAGUCCAACGUUUUGUUAAGAUAGUUUUAACCUUUUUAGAGAGACGUACAUUUGUCGCGAAAUAUGAUUUGUUGAUUGAUAAUAGAAAUAUUUCAUAGUAAUAUUUUAUUGUUGACUACUUUUAAGGAUCCCCGUAGAUCGCCACGCGUUGUAAUGCUUUUUAACUGACCACUAGAUAUAAAAAUAAUAGAAUCUAAUGUUGAAGUUGAGAAGGUGUGAUUUUCUCGCCUCAUGCCUUAAGUACUCAGCUGACUGUUGACAUUUUCCUUACAUAAUAUUAUCAGAAAUACCGAUGAGAAAGAACAAAUAAAAUUUUUGAAUCUGAGUACUUUUAUCUCGAAUGAAGGCGUGGUUUCUGGGAUAGUAAAAGUCAUGUAAAUGAAGCCACAUUUAACGUAAAGUAAUAUAACUCUGUAAAACACAGUCAGUCUAUGUAUGACUGUAUUUAUAUCAAAAAUAAAAUUGCUACUACCUUCUUUUUUAAUACUCUACGUGUUUUAGAAGGUGAUUCUUUAAAAUUUGCUAAUUAUUACCUAAUUUAAAAAUUUUACAAUAUGGUUAAUUAAUUAUAAAGAAAAAAAAAUACUACUUCACAAUAUAAAUUACAAUUUAAUGGUCAAAACAUUUCUUCGAUAAUUCAAAAUAGUAUAUACAUUAAUUACUAGUGUAUAACUAACAAUAUUUAUUAAUAUAGAAUGCGCGCUAUCGUGAUCAUAUUCAAUCAUUACGCACAUAAGUAAUAAUUAAUUAAAUUAUAUACGAAUUAAUUACUAAGUAAAUAUUUUAUGUAAACUACACCAUAAUAUCAUCGAAUGUAUGUAAUUGUUGAUUGUUAUAAUUAAAAAUAAUUGUCUAGUUAUUAUUCGUAUGUGAUAUUGUUAUUGAAGUAAUAGAUAUAUAAAUGCUAAUAAAAAUAAUUUAUCAAUAUUCUAUAUUCUCCUUGUUGACUUGUGUGUGUAUUAGGCUAAAUCUUUCCUAAGACGUAAAAUUAUAUAUUAUUUAUAAGGGAUGUUGAUCAAAAUCACUGCUGUAUGUAGUGGCGUCUGGCAAGUCUGCUUGUAUCAUUUAUCAGCAUUUUGUGUAUUAUACAACUUGGCUAGAAAGUGUAAAAUUUGAUAAUAACCCGAACUAAUUAAAGAAUAUAUCUAAUAUCUUAUAUAAUUAUAUUGUUUCGUCAUAAUUUCAUUCAAUAAUUUUGUUUGUUGUUUAUUAUAUUCAUUAGUUUGUCCCAUAUUUGUCUAUGUCUGGGGUCAGUUAUAUUUUCUUUUUUUAUAUAAUAAGAUAUAUAAAAAUUAAACUUUAUUUUAGUUACCGCCACUUGGACGGGGACACAAAUAAGUUUUCAAUUAAAGUCAAAAACACAGAAAAAAUAUUUGUUGAUUUAUAUAUGGUAUGUACUUAUUUUAGGUAUUAUGAAAAAAAAUUUAAACUAAAAUCAUAUAUAGUGAAAAGGUAAAAUUUUUCAGUUAAAUUGUAACACCCAUUAAGACGACAGUAUUAUUAUAUUUUAAUUAAAUUUCAUUACAUAACUGUACAAUAUUUAUUUAUUUAUGAAUUCUUACACUUUCUAGCAUAAAAGCAAGCCACUUCUAGUCCAUAUCACUGGAUGCUAACUCACUGUAAUAGAAGUACAAUAAAUAAUGAAGCAAUAACGAAUAAUUAUUAUUAAGUCACGUAUUAAUAAAUUAAUUAAUGGAUUAAAA